ACUGCCAGUGACACAGAUACAAACGAAGAUGACGAGCAAGAUGAGCUGACCUCGGCAGUGGUGGCUCGAUAUUUCGCCCUGGACGGCGAUGUUGAUGAUCAAGACGGUCACACAGGUUCCGGACGAAAGCGUGCAGCUUCGGGUCAGAAAUGGCGCGAGUUUCGUCCAUUGGAGCCAGCUUUCCCUACUGCUGGGAACACACCAGUUGGAGGCAGCAACUCUGUUCGGGAGUGGUUCACACUUCCGGCAGCUUCUUGUUUGGCAUUUACUCCGAACGCGGCCAGCCUGGUUCUGGUAACUAGGUCCACCGAUGAGUUAUGUGCGGUGGCGCUAGAUACCGGAAAAAAACGUUGGCGAUGCAAAUUGGAACAAGAUGGGGAUGCAUCUGUUUCUGCCCACGCAAUGGCCGUAUCCAAUCAACCGAUCGGCAAAUUGGGCUAUCUGAUCGCAAUCGGCUGUUCGGACGGUCGAGUUCGAAUACAUAGCUCGGAGGAUGGAAGACUUCUGUUUGUCUGUCCCUGUGUGUCUUCCAAAUCGGGACAUCCGCCAUUACCUGCCCGAUUGGCUUUCGCACCAGGACCAGAUUGCAAACUGGCCGUAAUCUAUACAAAUAAUCAGCUGACCGAGUGGUCACUCCUACCACAUUCGGAAGCGUCUCGACCGGAGGAGCAGAGAGCGGAUGAGAGCACAAUGGAGGAUCAAACGGCCGGAAAAACACUUCGAGGCACACUUAACCCUUGGUUAGCCCGAUUCUGGCGUGUAAUGGGCGAGGAAUUCAGUACAGCUUUUGGAUCGAUCCACUCGUUAGCCUAUUUGAAUGCGCAAACCUGGCUCAUGGCUUCGGAUCGUUACGUGAUUCAGUUGAAGAAAGGGUCCUACGCACCGGGUGGCAUUAAGAAACGUGUCUCAGAUGGUAGUAAGCCGGAACUGGACUCCUGUUUCUUGUUCACCUCGCAGUUUGAAUCAAUCCUCCAAGUUAAUGCACUGAAUGAACAUGAAUUGGCCCUAGUCUCUGUGCAUUCAGCCGCGAUCGCUCAACGGCUUACAGCUCCAUUGCAGCGCAAAUUUUUCGGUCUAUGA